CACUGCGCUUGCGCUGACAGACGCAAGAUGGCGGACAGUGCGGAACUAAAGCAAAUGGUUAUGAGCCUUAGAGUUUCUGAACUCCAAGUACUGUUGGGCUACGCUGGGAGGAACAAGCACGGACGCAAACACGAACUUCUGACAAAAGCCCUGCAUUUGUUAAAGGCUGGCUGUAGUCCUGCUGUACAAAUGAAAAUUAAAGAACUCUACAGGCGGCGGUUCCCUCAGAAAAUUAUGACGCCUGCGGACUUGUCUAUCCCCAACGUACAUUCAAGUCCUAUGCCAGCGACUCUUUCUCCAUCCACCAUUCCACAGCUCACGUACGAUGGGCACCCUGCAUCGUCCCCACUCCUCCCUGUCUCUCUCCUGGGACCUAAACAUGAACUGGAACUCCCACAUCUCACGUCAGCGCUGCACCCAGUCCAUCCGGACAUAAAGCUGCAAAAGCUACCGUUCUAUGACCUGCUGGACGAACUGAUCAAGCCCACCAGUCUAGCUUCAGACAACAGCCAGCGCUUCCGGGAAACCUGUUUUGCAUUUGCCUUGACACCACAACAGGUGCAGCAGAUCAGCAGCUCCAUGGAUAUUUCUGGGACCAAAUGUGACUUCACAGUGCAGGUCCAAUUAAGGUUUUGUUUAUCAGAAACCAGUUGUCCACAAGAAGAUCACUUCCCACCCAAUCUUUGUGUAAAAGUGAAUACAAAACCUUGCAGCCUUCCAGGUUACCUUCCACCUACUAAAAACGGGGUGGAGCCGAAGCGGCCUAGCCGGCCGAUUAACAUCACCUCGCUUGUCCGGCUGUCCACGACAGUGCCCAACACCAUUGUUGUUUCCUGGACUGCAGAGAUUGGGAGAACCUAUUCCAUGGCAGUAUAUCUUGUAAAACAGUUGUCCUCAACAGUUCUUCUUCAGAGGUUACGAGCAAAGGGAAUAAGGAAUCCGGAUCAUUCUAGAGCUUUAAUUAAAGAGAAGUUAACUGCAGAUCCAGAUAGUGAGAUAGCUACCACCAGCCUACGGGUUUCGCUGCUGUGUCCACUUGGGAAAAUGCGACUGACAAUUCCCUGCCGGGCACUUACCUGUUCCCACCUUCAGUGUUUUGAUGCAACUCUUUAUAUUCAGAUGAAUGAGAAAAAACCAACAUGGGUUUGUCCUGUCUGUGAUAAGAAGGCCCCAUAUGAACACCUUAUAAUUGAUGGGUUGUUUAUGGAAAUCCUGAAGUACUGUACAGACUGUGACGAGAUACAGUUUAAGGAGGACGGCUCAUGGGCUCCGAUGAGGUCAAAAAAGGAAGUGCAAGAAGUCACUGCCUCCUACAAUGGAGUCGACGGAUGCUUGAGCUCCACAUUGGAGCAUCAGGUGGCUUCCCACAACCAGUCCUCAAGUAAAAACAAGAAAGUCGAGGUGAUUGACCUCACCAUUGACAGUUCAUCAGAUGAAGAGGAAGAAGAACCCCCUGCCAAGAGGACCUGUCCUUCCCUGUCUCCUACAUCACCACUAAGUAAUAAAGGCAUCUUAAGUCUUCCUCAUCAAGCAUCGCCUGUGUCCCGCACCCCAAGCCUUCCUGCUGUAGAUACAAGCUACAUCAGCACCUCCCUCCUCCAGGACUACAGGCACCCUUUCCAUAUGACGCCCAUGCCUUAUGACUUACAAGGUGAGUUCCUGCUCCCUUGCUGGGUCACACAGGCUGAGGACUGUCUUCACUGAGUGUGGCUGCAGGCU